GUCAUUUGAAUGUUGUGGUUGGUGAGUGUGGCGCCGGGGCUCGUGGCUGUGAUCUGCUCUACCUGCUGCCUGACCUGACCUAACCUGACCUUCACCACACUCAACAUGUCGUCGACGCUCAGCUUCGCUGGCCAGAACAACAAGUGGAACACAGCUGAUGAUGUUAAAGAGGCAGCUGAAGCCAUCCAGAAUGCGAAGAAUUUACAAUGUUUGGAGCUGGAAGCCAAUACUCUUGGUGUGGAGGCAGCACAGGUGAUGGGGGAUGCCCUUGCAGGUCAUCCAGAGUUUGAGCGUGCACACUGGAAAGAUCUCUUCACUGGCAGGUUGAAAACAGAGAUUCCAGAUGCAUUGCGGCACCUCUUUUCUGGCUUAAUGCGUGCAGGGGCAAAGUUAAAGGAAUUGGACUUAAGUGACAAUGCCUUGGGACCAGUUGGUGUGGAGGGGAUGGUGGAGUUCAUGAGUUCUCCUGUCUGCUAUUCCUUGGAGGAGCUGCGGUUAAACAACAAUGGACUCGGUAUAAAGGGAGGAACGAUGUUGGCUGAAUCUUUAAUGAAGCUAGUAGAAAAUGCCAAGGCAGCUGGUACUCCCCUCAAACUCAAGGUAUUCAUCUCGGGGCGCAACAGGCUGGAGAAAGAGGGUGCAAAGGUAUUUGCAGAAUUUUUUAAAGCAGUGGGGACCCUAGAGGAGGUAGCCAUGCCUCAGAAUGGUAUUUUCCAUGAAGGCAUUGCUGCUUUGGCUGAAGCCUUCAGCAUGAAUUCAAAUCUGAGAAUUAUCAACUUGAAUGAUAACACGUUUACUCAUAAAGGGGCUCGAGCAAUGGCAGACAAGCUGCCGUUCAUGCAAAACCUUGAGGUGAUAAACUUUGGGGACUGUCUUAUCAAAACUGCUGGAGCAAAGUUCAUUGGCAGUGCCCUUUCUUCUGAUCAUUCAAAUUUAAAGGAGCUAUACUUGGACAGCAACGAAAUUGGAAUCGAGGGUGGCCUUGCCAUUGCUAAUGCCAUGAUAAACAAACAAAACCUGACAAUGCUUAAUUUGGAUUGUAACCAGUUUGGUGAAGAAGGGAGAGAGAAUCUUGUGAUUGUUCUUCAAGAAAUGGGCUGCUUGGAAGCGCUUGCUACCUUGGAAAAUGAUGAAAACCCCGAUAGUGAUGAAGAUGACAGUGAAGAAUCGGGUGACGAUGAGGAUGAAAGUGAUGAAGAGGAAGAGGAGGAGGAGGAGGAAGAGGAAGAAGAAAUAGAAGAGGUGGUGGGCUCUGGAGUCAGCCCACUUAAACGUGCAGGAAUUGAAGUGCAGCCUGUAAAAUGUACAGCAGCCGAGUUUUAUGAGCAGCCGACAGCAGGACGACUGUUAGGGUUGGGGAAUUCUGGUCCCUCCCAGUUGGUGGAAGAAGCUAGAAGAAGAGGAGCCGGGUCAGAUGAAGAUUUUAUUUUCAACUGUUUUGGCUUGUUUAUGCGAACUGCAUCUGUAGGAACAACAAACAGUAGAGAGGUGCAGGAAGCUGUGCAGAGAGCAGCAGAGCAUUUAGCCAAAGCCAUAUUUACCAGUUGCCAGAAUGGUGAUUUAUCAUCUGUUGCUACAAAUAAUCUUCUUGUACACCUAGGCCUUAUUAAAUGCGAGGAUAAAAAAUUUAAGUUGGAAUGGGAUUUGAGAGGAUGUCUUAAGAUGUUGGCCAGUCUUGUGAGCCAGCCACUCUUCCCUGCUCAGACAAAGAGCACACUUCAGCUCUUCCUGUCCAGACCAAAUUCAAGAAUAGACGAAUGUGUACAGGAGAAGCACAAGCUGAUGGUGGCAUUGUUUAACUAACAUAAUGAAGCUUUAGAAUGUCAAUGAUACUCAGGAAGAAACUUGAUAGAAGACAAAACUUUUCUUGAUUGUAUUUGAUGUAUAUAAUGUUAAAGUUUCUUUGAUGCCUUCAUUUGUAUGACUUGUUUACGUAAUUUGUUUUUUGACGAAUAUCAUUUCCUUCAUUCAAGACAAAUAAAUUUCUUAAACACAGGGAGGGACAAGAGUAGAUGUAUGAUACACUAGUCAGUCAGUCAGUGCUGGACAUAUUCUGGUUCAAGAGCUCUACUUUUUGAUUGUUUACCUCAUGCAGUACUUGUUUAAGAUUUGUUACAUCAGUAUGUUGUAAAAUUGUCAAGCACUCUUGUAUUGAACAUAUUUUCUUUUGCAUUAAGUUAGCUAUUAAGAUUUUAUUACAUUGUAUAAUAGAUUUUCAAAUACAUAUACUGUAUGAGCAAUGAAUAUUGUCAGCUUGUGCAUAGAUUUUGAGCUCGACAAGUAUUAAUAUAAUUGUCUGUAAUAGUGCAUUUGUGUUAUGUUAGAGGAAAUAGAUGUGUGAACCUACCUAAUGAUAGCACAGGAUUACUUCCAUCACUCCUGCGUAAUUAAAUCCUGCUCAUUGCUGUGCUUUCUUACAAUAUGCUUUCAUAACUGUGAUCUGAAAUAAAUCCACAGGAACCGUGAUGAGGGUUUGAACCCUAUGUGUGUUCCCAGGCACGCUCUAGUCGACUAGAGCGUGCCUGGGCAUAGGUUCGAACCCUCAUCACGGCGGCUCCUGUGGAUUUGUUCGUUUAUAUAUCACGACAAUGUGAUUUCUCUGUAACUCUGAUCUGUUUCCCCAAAACCAUUCAUAUUCUAUCAUCAAGUUGAACAUGGUUUUGAGCAGUCCCUUUGAACCCAGAAUAUCCUAAAUCAUAUAUUUAUUUUGUUCUUUUGUCUGAAAUAUGAAGAUAAAUUGAAGCUUAAGACAAAAUCACUAAGAUUGUAAUUUGAAGCAUUCGUAAGUAGGGUAGAUAGUUAUUUGUCUGUAAUUGUAACUUAAUUACAAUGAGAGGAUUGAUUUCAUAUAAGGCAAAUGAAUUGCCUUAAAGUUGCUUAAAGAAUUUAAGAUUUUUUGUCUUUAUUUACAUUACUAGCAAGUUGUCAUUCAAGGAAAAUCUAAUUGUAAAUUUAUAAUGAUUUUGUUUUCACUUUUUAUAAUCAGUGUGGGUCAGAAUUAGAUUAUAUUUCAUUAUAUUGUACUGUACAUUCUUCUUUCAAAUUUCUGAAUUGUGUUGAGCAAAAGUUACCAAAGAACACUCAUGAAAGUAAAGGCUUAAUACUUACCUA